AUGAACGUGUGUGCGAGAGAGACAGAGAGAGAGAGAGAGAGAGAGAGAGAGAGAGAGAGAGAGAGAGAGAGAGAGAGGAGCGGAGAGACAGCAGCGCGCGACGUGGUCAUGGCGAGCGCGAGCCAGAGAGUGGUCCUCAUUACCGGCUGUUCUUCCGGGAUUGGGCUGCGGAUCGCCGUCCUAUUGGCCAGAGAUGAGCAGAAGCGUUAUUAUGUGAUCGCUACCAUGCGAGACCUGAAGAAGAAGGAUAAGCUGGUGAAGGCUGCAGGAGAUGCUUUUGGAAACACUUUGACUCUACAAGCCCUGGAUGUGUGCAGCGAUGACUCAGUGAGGCAGUGCAUCAGCGCGGUUAAAGACAGACGUGUCGACAUCCUCAUAAACAAUGCAGGCGUAGGGUUGCUCGGCCCUGUGGAGAGCAUCAGCCUGGAGCAGAUGAAGAUGGUGUUCGAGACUAACUUUUUUGGCACCGUUCGCAUGAUUAAAGAGAUCAUGCCUGACAUGAAGAGACGCCGAGCUGGGCACAUCGUCGUCAUGAGCAGCGUCAUGGGCAUGCAGGGCGUAGUGUUUAAUGACGUCUACACGGCCUCCAAGUUUGCCAUCGAGGGUUUCUGUGAAAGUUUAGCCGUCCAGCUGCUCAAGUUUAACGUCAAGUUGUCUCUGAUCGAGCCUGGGCCCGUGCACACCGAGUUUGAGGCGAAAAUGAUGGAAGAAGUGGCGAAGAUGGAGUUUCCGGGUGCAGACGCAGACACAGUGAGAUACUUCAAGGACGUCUACAUGCCGUCCUCCAUCGAUAUCUUCGAGGCAAUGGGGCAGAAGCCAGACGACAUUGCUAAAUGCACUAAGAAGGUGAUCGAGUCGAGAAACCCUCGCUUCAGGAACCUCACCAACAGCCUUUACACCCCCAUCGUUGCCAUGAAGUAUGCCGAUGAGACGGGAGGCUUGUCAAUACACACCUUCUACAACCUGCUGUUUAACUUUGGCUCGCUAAUGCACAUCACUAUGAACAUCCUGAAAUGCCUGACCUGCAGCUGCCUGCGCAGACGUGUCAUAUCACCGGACUGAACCACACACACACACACACACACACACACACACACACACACACACACACA